AACGAUUCUUUGCAUGGGACUUAUUGCAUAAGACUGCAAGAUCUCGUCGUAUUCUUCCCUACCUUGUCGUGUCCUUUCUCAUGAAAAUGUCUAAUCUGGUGUAAGUCAGCUCCCCUCGUUCCCAAUUCCCCUUUUCGGUAGUAUUUUGAAGUGGACUUUUGUAUCGGUCCCCACGCUGCAUCACUCGUAAUCCGAUCUCGCUUGACGUGGGUCUCGGUGCGACUAGACUCGACUCGGAAAGCCCAACUUCCCCUCUUUCAACACCAAAAUUAGCGCCCAGAGUCAAUUAUUGCAGCUGGCGAUAGUGCUAAACGAAGCUUGAUUGUAGUCGAAAAGCCCGUUCUUUGCUGACUAAGAACGUCGCCUCUAUCGCCACGAUGGUUCCCGCCCCGGCACGCCCGGUGAAUGAUACCAAUGAAGCAUUAGCUAGCUUCUAUGCAAAGGUUGAUGAGCUUGAGAGUGUUUUCAUCGAUAGACUCGGAGAUGCCAUCAAGAUUCCCUCAAUCUCUGCUUAUGCAGAAAGCAGGAAGGAUGUGUUUGCGAUGAGCGAAUGGGUUGCAACCAAGCUCAAGGCCGUUGGUGUUGAUGUGACACUCAAAGACCUGGGCAAGCAGGAGGGCACAGACCUUGACCUUCCUCCUUUGGUAUUGGGACGCUAUGGCAGCGACCCCGAAAAGCCAACAGUGCUUGUAUACAGCCAUUACGAUGUUCAGCCUGCGUCUAUCGAGGACGGAUGGAAGCACGAGCCAUUCGUGAUGACGGUUGAAGAAGACAGCAAGAUCUGCGGCAGAGGCACCUCAGACGACAAGGGUCCUCUUAUUGGCUGGAUCAACAUGAUAGAAGCUUUCCAGAAGGUUAACGUAGACGUACCGGCCAACUUGGUCUUCUGCUUUGAAGGCAUGGAAGAGACCGCGUCGUUUGGCCUUCGGCAGGGACUGGAGGAUGAAGCAGACAAGUACUUCAAGGACGUCGACGUGGUCUGCAUCACGGAUGUGGUUUGGGUGAGCGACGAGCAGAUUAGCGUCCCUCAAGGACUCAGAGGCAUCAUCUUCUACCUUGUCACCAUCACCGGUGCCAAAGUGGAUGCCCAUAGUGGUGGGUUCGGUGGUCAGAUCUCGGAGCCAAUGACAGACAUGGUCAACAUCAUGUCUUCUUUGGUGGAUUCGAAUGGCCAGAUUCUGGUACCCGGAAUCUACGACAAUGUCCAAGCUGUCACAAAGGAAGAGUAUGAAAGCUACCAAAAGCUGAACAUUUCGGAAGACUCUUUGUACGGUGGCACAGGGGGCAGAAGCCUCCAUGACAAUCAGGCUGACGCUCUGGUCGCUCGCUGGAAGAAGCCAUCUCUCAGUCUGCAUAGGAUAGAGAAUGCCCUGCCUGGGGCCGGAGCUGUCACAUCAAUACCUGCCAAGCUCGUUGGAAAGUUCAGCAUCCGUACUGUGCCCUUCAUGAAGUGGGAAGACAUUGACCAGCGGGUGCGAAAACACAUCAAGGACCGUUUCGAGAGCCUAGGAAGCAAGAACGACCUCGAAAUUGAGUGUCAUCCAAAUGAUUGGUUCUACGAGGAGGCGAGCCACUGGAAUUACCAAGCCGCGAUUCAGGCAACACGGAACGUGUGGGGCGUUGACCCUGCUUUGACCUGUGAAGGUGGAAGCAUUCCCAUCGCCUUGGAUUUCAAGAAGACCCUGAAAAAGAACGUGCUCCUCAUGCCUGUAGGUAGGCCUACCGAUGGACAACAUUCCACUAACGAGAAGCUGGACAAGAGCAACUACAUCAACGCCAUCAAGCUCUACGGAGCUUAUCUGAAAGAGGUCACGAACUUCUGGCGUCAAAGCAAGCAAAAUUUGUAAAUGACUUCUAGAGAUAACGAUGAGCUGUAUUCUGAAACUAGACUUACGUACACAAUGGCCUCAAACGGUAAAGUUGAACGAGCCAAUUCCUGCCAUCGUGUCUCUACGAGUAGGCGUUGCAGCUAGCCGCGGGGUGCACCGGAUUGCCGUAAUAGGCAAUAUUGAACGACAGGUGAGGGGCACGUAAGAAUGCGGGGCACGAUUGAGUUACGCACCCGAAUCACGUCUACCAAUUUGUACCUUACUUAGCAUCAUUCGCUUGCAAGAAUCAUCAAAAUAGACCUUACUACCACUCUCUCUUUCUGACAAAUAGCAGCGAAGUUUGUCUUCCCAAGCCUGGACGACGUCCGCUCGCAGUUGCACAAUGUGUCUAACCAACGUUGUCACAGAUGUCAACACUAGCUCAAAUUUUCAAGACUUUUCGACCCAGCAUACGGCCC